AUGGCAGCUGAGGGACUCUUCAAGGAGCUCUUUGACGCAAUGACUUGUCCUAUAUGCCUGGUGUGCUUUAAAGAUCCUGUGAUGUUAGAUUGUGGACACAACUUCUGCAAAGCCUGCGUCGACCAGUACUGGGCAGAGUCUGAUGGGGCCUCUGCUUGUCCUGAGUGUUGGAAGCUUUUUCAGCAAAGGGGUGGCAGACCGAACUGGCAACUGGCAGGAGUGGUACAGCUUGUCAAGAAACUUUGGUGGGAAAUGAGAGCAGAAGUGAAGCGAGACAUGUGCAAGAAGCAUCGGAGCCCCCUGAAACUCUUCUGUAAGGACGAUCAAGCCCCCCUAUGUGUGGUGUGCAAAGACACCGAGGCACACAAGGGCCAUAGCAUAGUUUUGGUGGAAGAGGUUGCGCAAGAACUCAAGGAAAAAACCAAGGCCCAGCUGAAGGCUAUGGAGGAAGGGAAGAAGGACCGUGUGGGCUGGAACAUAACUAAGGAGUUGGGAAUGGCUGGAAAUGUGACUCUGGGUCCAGACACAGGACAUAGCAGCCUCAAUUCUGUCCAAGGCUCCCAAGAGCAUGAGACGUAAAAGGCGAGGAAUUCAUCUGAGCCCCUUGAUGAAGUGCUGGACACAAGAGGGAUGUACUUUGGGGGACGCUAACGGGAGGAGGGAAGGGUAUAUUGACUUCUGGGUCCUGGCAGACCCUCUAGCUUAGAGUUAGGCAAUCUCGUGCCCUCCA